UAAAAAAAAGAAGAUCCCUUAUCCCUAGUGUUUCUUCAAUGGAGGAAACAAAUGAUUAACUAUGUUCAUGGAUUUUUUAACAGUUCUAUAUUUUGCUCCCAGUGUCCCUAUAGUGGAUGUCAAGAGAAACAUGUGAAAAGCAAACAAACAAAUGAAGAGUGGUUCUACAAAGAAAGAGUUUGUAACAAAUGAGAAGUAUUGUUAAUGUACCAGGGUCUAGAUGUUCAUCAAGGGUGAAUAAUUUAUAAUUGAAUCAUUUGAAUCUGAAAUAAAGACAGAGUUAAGAGUAUCUUUAUACAGUUUCCUUAAAACAAUCUUCUUUUCUUUUCCAAAUUUGACUCUGCUUUGUGGAAUCACAGAAUCAAACUAGUGUCUCAGAAUUCCUUCUCUUAGGGCUCUCAGCUGACCCAGAACUACAGCCUCUCCUAUUUGGGCUGUUUUUGUCCAUGUACCUGGUCACCAUUCUGGGGAACCUAUUCAUCAUGCUGACCAUCAGCUCUGACUCCCACCUCCACACCCCCAUGUACUUCUUCCUCUUCAACCUCUCCUUGGCUGACAUUGGUUUCACCUCUACCACAGUCCCAAAGAUGCUUAUGGAUAUCCACACUCACAGAGGAGUCAUCUCCUAUACAGGCUGCCUGAUUCAGUUGUCCUUUUAUAGUCUUUUUGGAUGUUUGGACAGUCUGAUUCUGACUGUGAUGGCCUAUGACAGGUUUCUGGCAAUCUGUCACCCCCUCCACUAUCCAGUUAUCAUGAACCCCCAGCUCUGUGGCCUGCUGGUUCUACUUUCUCUUAUCAUCAGCCUUUUGGACUCCCAGCUGCACUGCGUAAUGGUGUUAAAACUAAUGUUCUCUUCAGAUGUGGAGAUUCCUCAUUUCUUCUGUGACCCUUCUAAACUGCUCAAACUUGCCUGUUCUGACACUUCCUUCAGUAAAAUAUUAUUCUGUUUUAUUGUUGUCAUCUUUGGUGGAGUUCCAGUUUCCCUGAUUACUUUCUCUUAUAUUCAAAUUGUUUCCUCCAUUCUGAGAGUCCCAACUUCAGGUGUGAAGUAUAAAGCUUUUACUACCUGUGGCUCUCACCUGUCAGCAGUUUGCUUAUUUUAUGGAUCUAGCAUUGGGCUGUGCCUGAGUUCAGUUUACUCCCAUUCACCCAGGAAGAGUGCAGCGGCCUCAGUGGUGUAUAUGCUGGUCACCCCUAUGCUGAACCCCUUCAUCUACAGCCUGAGGAACAGGGACAUCAAGAUAGCCCUGGAGAGGGUCCUCAAGAGAACAUCAUAAUAUCCAUAUUGUUCCUUCUUUUUAGGUUUGUGAAUAAGAAAGCACAGAAAACCAAAUAUCUGGGAAUUAAGUUAUGCCUAUUUGGUCACAGAAUUUUUCAUAGCUCUUAUGUUUUUAUUCUUUCUUCAUGUCUCAUAUCUGUUCAUGGCUCCUUUGGCAUGUGUUUUUGUGGCUACUGUUGGACUCUGGUGAUUAGGAUAUGUUAUUUAUCUGUCAAGAUUUUAUUUCCUCAUUUAUAGUCAUAUUUAGUUUAACUUAUAUCACUUUAGGAUUUACAAAUAAUGUAUGUACAUGGUAAAUUCCCUACAAAUAUAGAUAUCUUCAUUGUGAUCACCUACUCUAAGGAUAUUCCAUUGAAGAAAUUAUUUGAACUUAUACUACAUUUUAUCCUGUAUAUCUGACAAACUGUUAUAAAUUAAUGGUUUUACAAUUUGAAC